AUGAGGGCCGCGAUAUCUGUUGAAGAGAGCGUUGCUGUUGGACUCUAUCGGCUGUGCUCAACCGCGGAAGACAGAACAAUUGCCCACUUGUUUGGAAUUGGCCGGUCAACUGUCAACACUGUGUACAGACAGUUUGUGACGGCAGUUAUAGAGAAGCUUGAAAGCGAAUGGCUACGUAUGAUUCGUCCCGAAGCAAUGGCUGCGCACUUGCGGGAGUUCUACGCAGUCACCGGCUUCCCGCAGGCUCUGGGCGCCUUGGACGGCUGCCACUUCGCAGUAUCUCCGCCCGAGAAGAACGCUGUCGACUAUCACAACCACAAGGGGUGGUAUAGCGUGAUACUCCCGGCACUGGUUGAACAACCGUUUCCCGCAUCAGUCAUUGAGGGACUUCCUGUCGUCCCACUAAUAAUUCUGCGCGAUCAGGCAUUUCCCAUGACACCAAACCUGAUGAAGCCAUACCCAACUGCAGUAGCUGAAACACCCGAGGCACUUUUCAACUAUAAUUUGUCAAAGUCCAGGAGGAUCGUGGAGAAUGCCUUCGGAAGAACGGUGCUGGACUCUCUGAGCCAUUGCAUGGGGGUAGUUGGUACCGUGUCGUGGGCUCAGGAUCCUGAAGAGGAUAAUCCAUUUCGUGCGGACCAGAUGCACUGA